AUGUUGGCCAAAGGGGCUAUAGAGCUUGUGGGGGGCGAGCUAGAAGGCCUUUAUGUCCGUCUGUUCCUUGUUCCCAAGGUAACAGGUGGUUUGAGACCUGUGUUCGACCUCUCAACUCUGAACAAGUUUUUAGUGGUCAGCCCCUUCCGGAUGGAGACGGUGGCGUCAGUUUUGGAGUCUAUGAACGUGGAGGAUUGGAUGGUGUCUCUGGAUAUGAGGGAUGCAUAUUUCCAAGUCUUCACCAAGGUGAUGGCUCCAGUGUCUUCAUGGGUUUAUCGACACGAUAUCUCCCUGCACCAUUACCUGGAUGAUUGGUUGGUCACAGGGACGACUCUCCAAGGAUGCAUAGGCACCAUCCGGGCUGUUUUACGGCUGUGCGCUCAGUUGGGUAUUCAGAUCAGUCUGCCCAUAUCAGACGUGGUACCCAGCCAAAGGAAGCAAUACCGGGGUAUGGUGCUGGAUUCAGUAAGGGCUUUGGUGUUUUCCGUCACCAGAAAGGGUCAGCCGGUUUCUCUCAGUGGUGAAAAGUUUUCUAGAGGACACAGCCACUAUGGUGUCUCUAUGGAGGUCACUCCUGGGUCAUCUGACAUCCCUGGAGAGGCUGGUUGGUCCCAGGCAGCUGGUAUGCUUUCAGUCCCUUCAGUGAUGUCUGAAAAAACACUGGAAGCAGCAUUGGAUGCUCCCUGGUGGCGGAUUCCCCCUUCACAGCGGUGUCUGGCAGACCUGUCCUGGUGGAUAGAUCUGGGCCACAUACUCAAGGGAGCUCUCUUUGUGAUGGCAUCUCCGGAACAGUCUCAGUUUGGGGUGCUCAUCUCAUGCUUGGGGGUGUGGUCUCCACAGGAGCAGAGGUUUCACAUCAACCACCUGGAGAUGAUGGCCGUUUUCUGGGCUCUGCAGUCCUUUUAG